AUGAUGAGACAGGCAACCAUGGAUUUCAGCACUCCAUCUGUGUUUGAUCAGCAAAAAGGUGAUUCAUCUGAAGAAGUUGACCUGACCAUGGUUUAUCAGGCAGCAUCUAAUGGAGAUGUCAAUGCUUUGACUGCUGUGAUUCGGGAAGACCCUUCCAUCCUAGAAUGCUGUGACAGUGAAGGAUGCACACCCUUAAUGCAUGCGGUUUCUGGACGUCAAGUGGACACAGUGAAGCUGCUGUUGAAGAUGGGAGCCAAUAUUAACAUGCAGGACGCUUAUGGCCGAACAAGUCUAUGCCUGGCAACCUAUCUGGGUUGGCUGGAGGGCUGUGUGAGUCUACUAAGAAAUGGUGCCAAGCACAAUAUCCCUGAUAAAAAUGGCCGUCUGCCACUGCACGCUGCCACCGCUGAGCCCGAUGUGAGGCUCCUAACAGUCCUGGUACAACAGUCAAGCCUCAAUGAGAUUAAUCAGCAGGACAGUGAGGGAAUGACACCACUCCACUGGGCAGCUUUCCACAACCGGCCUCAACACACCCAAAUGCUGCUGAAGAAGGGGGCAGACCCCACCCUUGUGGAUAAAGACUUUAAAACGGCUCUCCACUGGGCUGUGCAGAGUGGAAAUAGAAUUCUGUGUUCCAUCAUUCUGAGCCAUCACCAGGGUCCGUCCAUAAUCAACUACGACGAUGAGAGUGGGAAGACGUGUGUGCACAUCGCCGCAGCAGCAGGUUUCAGUGACAUCAUCAACGAGCUGGCAAGAUUCCCGGAGUGCAACCUGCAGGCUCUGGAUGUGGACGACAGGACACCUCUGCACUGGGCUGCAGCUGCAGGAAAGGCAGACUGUGUGCAGUCACUGCUGGAGCUGGGCAUAGACAGCAACCUGCGAGACAUCAGUGAGAGCACACCCCUGGCCUAUGCCCUGUACUGCGGCCACACGGCCUGUGUCAAGCUCCUCUCCCAAGAGAGCAGAACAGAGCCUACUCGACCCCUUCCUUCCCAGAAGAGUAGACCCCAGAAGAAGGAGGGACGAUUCAGCAUGCUCAAUCAAAUCUUCUGCAGGAACAAAAAAGAAGAGCAGAGGGCCUAUCAGAAAGAUCACAGCAGGGACUGGCACAGGGGGGAGGCCACCUCGGAAGUUGAUGACAUCAUCACCACCUUUGACAGCAACAUGGAUACCAACUGCCAAGAACAGCCUGGUGAUCAGGUGGCUACGGUUGACUUUAAGAAGAGGACCUCAGAGAAUUCAAAAUAUCACUUGCCAGAAAAAAAGCCUCUGGCCCAUAAAGGACUUCCACCAAUCAGAACGCAGAGUCUCCCACCCAUCACCCUAGGCCAUAACUUCCUGACAGCCACCCAGAGGGCCACUUCCCAUGCUGGCCUGAGCUCUGGUACUCAACAUGCUGCCCAGCAAUCUCAGAAAAGCCGAAGUGAGCAGGAUUUAUUGAAUAACAGAACUGGCUGCCAGGUAUUGCUAGAUAACCAGGUGUUCUAUAAAGCUUGGACUGUGUCUUCUUCUGAUAAGCUGCUAGACAGGUUGCUUACCAGCAGAUCCCGUCACCAGGAGGUAUCAGGGCCGCCACAUCUUCCUCGUCUACAGAAUCCUUCAUCAGGACAAAAUUUUCAGCAUCUCUCCCCAAACAGACCUAAAAUCUGGGAUCUUCCUUUCACCCAGAACAACUUGGCUCCCUUACCAGACCAAAAAUUUCUAUCUGGAGAACCUCUACGGACAAACCGAGUGCUUCCUGCUAUUCCAAGCCAGCGGGGACACAGCCCACCGGCUGAAGAGAGUGAAAACUGCCAGUUCCACCAAUGA